AUGAACCUUUUUCUUAAACCAUCGACCCAAACGGCGUCGUCUCCCCGUCGUUCACGGUCCCCGUCCGUCCGUACGCCGUCCGCUAUCAUCCCGGCAAUGGCUUUCGCAUCGUCGCCCGUUGACUCGCCGUCGUCCUCCUUCUUCGCCGCCGCCGCUGCCGCCCCGGACCUCGACGGCCUCGCCCAGGCGCCAGCGUCCGUCGCUCGCGCCAUCCUCGUGGCUCUCUGCGAUGACCGACGGGUUCGAGCUCAGGCGUUGAGGCAGCUUGAGCGCCUGCUGCGCUUUGAGGCCGAUGUCCGCGAGGAAGAGGAGGAUGGUGUCAAGAGGAGCCCCAAUUCCGUCUCAAGUCCAUCAAAUCCAAAAAAGAGAAAGGCAACCGGCGAGCCCAAGAUCUGUGUUCAGUGCGACGGCAUCUUCACGGCCGACGAGAACAGCUUUGGUUCAUGUUGGUACCACUCAGGCGAGCUGGAGCUUUGGGAUGAGACGCAAAUACCACCAACAAUCUGGGACGACGUAUCGUCAGACGAGCUGGACACAGAUUCCAAUCGCCUAGAGUAUCCCGCAGCGUUCCGAUGGUGCUGCUGCCAGAGGCUAGGCGACAGGCAAGGCUGCGUGCGCGGCACACACGAAGCCAACCCGGACAGGAGCAAAAAGGGCCGCGGCAAUGAGCUGUCCGAUCUCGAAGACGAUCCGCUGGAGCUUGACGACGCCUCAUCGCAGGAGUUGGGACCGCCGCCGCAUCAGCAGCACUACACGAUCUCGAGCUCACCGACGGACGCUGGCCACAAGGCGACGACGGCAACGAUGACUGUGAGAACGGCAACCUCGCUGACGACAACACACCAUCACCACCAACAGCAAUGA